AUGACUCUUCCUUCACUCCUUGAAGUUUUCUCUCGUGCACAGCGUGCUACUUUAGGCAUCGAUCAUGGUGUCUCACUGAUCGCUCAGCUCUUGAAGUUCCUAGUAGCCAUAGUGACGGUCAUCGAGGUGGACGUGGUGGUCAAGGAGGUUGUACAAGAGGUAAUACGGGUGGUCAUGGGGCCGUAG